AUGGCCUUGCGUGUUGAUUAUGAAGGAAGCCACGAUGUUGGUGUGUUCACAACUUUGACAAACAGUUAUUGUAUUGUUGGGAUUGGAAACACUCAGAACUAUUUCAGUAUUGUUGAAGCUGAAUUAUCUGACGUCAUCCCAGUUGUCCACUCCUCCAUCGCUUCCACUAGAAUUGUAGGAAGAGUUACAGUAGGAAACAGACAUGGUUUACUCGUUCCCAAUGCCUCAACCGACCAAGAGCUCCAGCAUCUCAGAAAUUGUUUACCUGAUGAUGUUAGAGUUCGCAGAGUCGACGAGAGACUUUCAGCUCUCGGAAAUGUUGUGGCUUGCAAUGACCAUGUUGCCAUCGUUCACGCUGAAAUUUCUCAGGAAACCGAAGAGGCUAUCGCAGACACUUUGAAAGUUGAAGUCUUCAGGAUAGCUUUGGGCCAGAACAGUCUUGUCGGAUCUUAUUGUUCUUUGUCAUCCAACGGUUGUCUUGUUGCUGCUAGUACUCCACCUGAGACACAGCGUGAAUUAGCUGCUCUUUUACAAAUUCCUGUCGUAGCUGGAACAGUAAAUAGAGGUUCAGAACUUAUUGGAGCGGGUCUGUGCGUUAAUGAUUGGACUGCCUUGUGCGGAUUGGGUACUACUUCCACUGAAUUGUCGGUUGUGGAAUCUAUCUUCAAGCUCGGAGAGCAAGGGCAACCAUCAACCAUCAGCAAUCAACUCAGAGAUACUCUUAUUGAAAGUAUGUUAUAA